UUUUUGUUAUAAAAAAAAAGUGAUAUCCUCAAUUGCUGUUUUGUCUCUUUUAUCAAAUUUUCUCCCCACUGCCAUGGCGAUUGGUGAUCACCGACCACAAAUCCUAAUGAUCAGACCACCUACUGCGUUCACUCUCUUCCCCUCAUUGUUCCAUCAGAAGUUCCGAAUCCUCAAAGCCUGGGAAUCCGAGCUUCCAUUGGACCAAUUCCUGACCACAAACGCGCACUUGGUCCAAGCCUUGGUCACCAACGACAAUACCGUCAUCAACGCAGAGACUCUCCGGCUGCUUCCGGCGCUGCGCUUAGUGGCGGCGACCACCGCCGGCGUCGACAACAUCGACUUGGCCGAGUGCCGUCGGCUAGGGAUCGCCGUCACCAACAACGGCAGCGCGUACGCGGAAGAUGCCGCCGAUUUUGCCAUUGGGCUGCUGAUCGAUGUGUUCAGAAGGGUUUCUGCUUCGGAUCGGUAUUUGAGAAAGGGAUUUUGGAAAGGCAAAGGAGAUUAUCCUCUCGGUUUUAAGUGCAUAGUUAGAUAUCCAAGAAGUCAAAAAGUAACUUCAAGGAUUGGAAAAUUUCAGUUCGGAGGCAAGCGGAUAGGGAUUGUUGGAUUUGGGAAGAUCGGCUCUGAAGUUGCUAAAAGGCUUGAAGCAUUUGGCUGCAACGUUUUAUACAACUCGAGGAACGAAAUGCCCUCCAUCUCGUACCCCUUCUAUUCCACUAUUCGAGAUCUUGCAGAGAAUAGUGAUGCCAUCGUCUUAUGUUGUAGCUUAACUACCGAGACACGCCAAAUAGUUGGCAAAGAAGUAUUAUCGGCCUUGGGGAAAAAUGGAGUGAUUGUUAACGUAGGACGCGGGGCUCUUAUAGAUGAGAAGGAGCUAGUAAGAUGCUUGGUUGCAAGGGAAAUUGGAGGUGCUGGUUUGGACGUGUUUGAGAAUGAACCUAAUGUUCCAGAGGAGCUCUUUGCACUGGAUAAUGUUGUUCUUUCUCCACACGUAUCUGCAUAUACACCAGAGUCUUUUGAGGCUGCUGCUGAAUUUGCCAUUGCAAAUCUGGAAGCUUUCUUCUCAAACAAACCCUUACUCAGCCCUAUCACAAUUGACUGAAAACAUCUUUUGGAUAGGGAUUUCAGUUAACAAUUGACAUUUGGUUGUGCUAACCAAUUAUCUGUUACUGCCAAAACAUUCCCCUAAAUGAGUGUGGGUUUUCGAAAGUCAUAUUUUUUUUCCA